ACUCUUCAAUAGUCCGGUAAUUCACUCCGAUAGUUCGUCGUUGAUCUAUACGCAAAGAGAAAGAUGGCAGAAGCCGCUCCAGCUUCACCCGCCGCCAAGGUUAAAACGGCCAAGAAGAAGGUCGUGAAACCGAAGACCGCCGGCCCCAGCGUCAGUGAGCUCAUCGUGAAGGCCGUGUCCGCGUCCAAGGAGCGCAGUGGCGCGUCAGUGUCCGCCCUCAAGAAGGCUCUGGCUGCCGGAGGCUACGAUGUGGAGAAGAACAAUUCUCGCGUCAACACCACCAUCAAGAAGCUGGUGGUCAGCGGGACCCUGGUCCAGACCAAGGGAUCCGGGGCCACCGGCUCGUUCAAGAUGAGCAAGAAGGUGGAGACCAAGGUCCAGAAGCCGGUGAAGAAGGCCGCUCCCAAAGCGAAGAAGCCCGCCGCCUCGAAACCCGCAGUGGCUAAAAAGCCAAAGUCAGCGGCAGCCAAGAAGCCAGCAGCCGCUAAAAAGUCCCCGAAGAAGGUGACGAAACCAGCAGCGGCCAAGACGCCCACCAAGAGCCCCAAGAAGGUGGCGAAGAGCCCCAAGAAAGUGGCGAAGAGCCCCAAGAAGGUGGUGAAAAAGACCCCUGCUGCCAAGAAAGCACCCGCGAAGAAGGUCGCUAAACCCAAAGCGAAGAAGACAGCAGCCAAGAAGAAGUUAGCUGUCCUCACUGUGAAACAUGUCCAUCCUGGACCAUGGACAGAGAUGUUUGUUUUGUUUAGGUGCUGCACUUCAACAGUGUGAUGCCCUGAAUGGAUGUUGUGGAGCAGAGUGCAGCCGCUUUACGCUUCAAGUCUGUGCAGAAACACACGUAGGUGAAAAAUUAGAUGACUGUAUCUAGACAACUACACUAAAAAAUAUUGUGUUACCACAAUUAAGGAAGUGUUGUCGACAUUACUCAUUCCAUCUGUCAUUCAAGCACAUGAGAGAAUGGUAAUAAAACCAUAAUACAUCUAUGGUCAAGCAAAAUAAAUCUAUCAUGUUGCUAAAAUGA